UCCUGCUGGAGAUCAGAUGAGUGAGCUAGCUGGUGUUGCAAGAGCGACCGCGGGUGUCAUUUUAAAAAGUUCAGCCUGCAGGAUGGAAGGUUUAGAGGAGAUGGAGGUGCGGCCUACCCCGAAACACACGGAGGCAGACGCCUGCCUGACUGAGGCGGAGAGGCCCCCCAAGAGGAGGGAACGCCAAGGGAAGUCGCCUAGGAAACGUCGGGACGUAAAGAGGCGGCCAAAUGAUCAAGAACACCUGCUUCAGCAGCAGUUGCCAGGGCAACCGGAACACUCAGAAUCUGCGGCCUCGAUAAUGGAAAGUGCAGAGAGCUCUCCAAAGAGAUGGGACAGGUGCAGGCGAGGACACUUUCUACAUGGACCAUAUCCAGAAACUCAUUUUGGACCCAAAGCCUGCAUUCUUCCGAACCCAACCUCAGUCAUGCACAUCCAGGACCCGGCCAGCCAGCGCCUGACCUGGAACAAGCCACCGGUCAACGUGCUGGUGAUCAGGAAGAUCCGCGAUGAGACCCUGCUGGAGCCCUUUAAAGAGCUCUGCAGGUUUCUGAUCCAGGAGAAGCAGCUGGUGGUCUAUGUGGAGAAGAAGGCGGUGGAGGAAGCGGCCCUCUUGAAGGACGAGGGUUUCGGUUCCAUCCGGAGCCAGCUGUGCACGUUCAAAGAAGGUUACGAUGACAUCUCGGACUGCGUCGACCUCAUAAUCUGCCUCGGGGGGGACGGAACCCUGCUGUACGCCUCCUCGCUGUUCCAGGCCAGCGUCCCUCCCGUCAUGGCGUUCCACCUUGGCUCCCUGGGCUUCCUGACGCCGUUCAAGUUCGAGUCCUACAAGACGGAGGUGGCCAAAGUUUUCGAAGGGAACGCGGCCAUAACGCUGCGCAGCCGCUUGAAAGUGAAAGUGGUGAAGGAGAUGUUCCAGAGGACGGGGGUGCCGCGCUACGGAGAGGAGAACGGCGUCUGUCAGAGCCACCAGGACAGUGAGGCGGGCAAGGUCACGCUGCAGCUGCAGGUGCUGAAUGAGGUGGUGGUGGACAGAGGCCCUUCUUCCUACCUGUCCAAUGUUGACCUUUACCUGGACGGCCGGUUGAUCACCUCCGUGCAGGGGGACGGUGUGAUAGUGUCCACUCCCACGGGUAGCACUGCUUACGCCGCGGCUGCCGGAGCCUCCAUGAUCCACCCCAACGUCCCCGCCAUCAUGGUGACCCCCAUCUGCCCGCACUCUCUAUCCUUCCGACCCAUCGUGGUGCCCGCCGGUGUGGAGCUCAUGAUAACACUGUCCCCAGAUGCACGGAACACGGCGUGGGUGUCUUUUGAUGGGAGAAAGAGACAGGAGAUCCAGCAUGGUGACAGUAUUAAAAUCACCACAUCCUGCUAUCCGGUGCCUUCCAUCUGUUGCCACGACCUGGUGUAUGACUGGUUCGAGAGCCUGGCCGAGUGUCUCCACUGGAACGUCCGCAAGAAGCAGACGCGCCUGAUGGACGUAACCGACUCCUCCGAUGCUGAGAGCUGAGCCCCGCCCCCUCCCAGGACAACUGCUGGAGUGGCGUGUUUCUUUCCCGAGGAGACGGGGGCGGAGCCGUUGCACGUUACCCGUGGCACGAAGCAACAGCACUCUUCUGUUGAAGAGAGCAAAACAAAGAAAUUGAGUCAUGUGACUGUUUUUAUUUAUAAUUUGGAUUGCCCUGUCGUAAAUGCCCAUCUUGGCUACAGCCAAUGAGGACAGAGCACAUUUGCCCUCUGAAGCAUGUUCUGCCAGCUGCUGCUGCUUUUCACUCUGCUGUUGACCAGCUGAGCUACAGAUUUGUCAUUCUGGAGGACUGCAAUUUAUGCUUAGUCGGUGCAGACAAACUAGAGAUGCUUGAUUAAACAGAGAAGUUGUUAUUGAGCCUUGAUGUGAGGGAAACUCAGACUUCAUCCCUCCUUCUCUAAGUAAGGGUUUAGCCUGCUGUGGUAUCUUGAGACCUAGGGAUUUAAUAUCACAUGACACACCCGAGAGCAGUCUUUUGACCUCAUGGAAAUCGUUACGGUGUUUUAAAAGUGUCACACUUCCCACACCAUCUCAUUUACCACCUGUGACUGUAUCCAUCUCUGCCACGCACCAUAGAGUCAUUCCGAGAAUCUGGACAUGCACCAAGCAAGCUUGCUUUAAAGACUUUUUAAGACAACAAAGACUCGCGUACAUUUACUUUUGCCAAAUUUGUAGAAAAUAUAUAUAGGAAAAUAUAUAUAUUUUAGAAAGUAAAGUGUGCCAUUUUUAAACAUGCGAGCUGUAGUUCUGUUCGCUUAUGAUUGGCAGCCCAUCCAACAGAUGUGCUACUGAUUGGUUAAAUGUAAAUCUCCUUGUGUUGGUAAACAACAUGGCCUCCAAAAGACCAAUACCAACUCCUGCUGUAGAGGACAAUACAAUAACUUUAAAAUCUCAACUGAAUACAAUAUAUUUAAUAUCAUAUCAUUUAUUUUAUUUGGUUGUUUGUGUAUAACUAAGUUUUUCUUUAAUUUUUUAAUUUUUAAUUUUAUUUUAUUGCUUAGGGUAUUAAACCCUUGAGUUAAGGACCAUCAAUAGACAAAUUGGUGGAAUUCACACUUGCCCUUGCCACAGCUCAGUUUUUGCCCACCUGAAAUUGAACUACCAGUUCAUAUCCAAGAAACCAGGUGAGUUAACUGCAACUGCGUGAUCAAUAGUUUUUUUGAUCAGAUGUGCUGAGUGCAAAGAAAAGCUUUUACACCUUCUGGGCCUCUCCAAGGGCAAGACUGAGUACCACUGGGUUUGCAUCCUUCUGGUAGAUACUUGUAACUGCUGAAGAGAAAGCGCUUUUAGAAACACUUGUCCUCUUUUAACACAGGGAACAGAAAGUAGUGUUAGAAUUCAUCGCUUCUGAAUAUGUAGAGACACCUGUUAAGUAGCUGCUUGGUUUUCUCAUGUAUGCACAGUAAGAGCUGUUUUGUUACAUAAAAGGAUGUGGGCAUGACGCACAUCCACUAAAAUGAUGGACAACCGUGUCCUCAAAUAGGUUAUGAAGAUGUUGGACAGAUUUGUUCAGAUGUUUGUACAUAAGAUAAUUAUUGGUUAAAAUGUUAUAUAUUUAAAGUAGUUUAUUAUAUUAGUAGUUAGUAGUUUAUUACCUAGUUUGGAUAUUUGUUUGCUCAUUUGAACAUGUACAUCUGCUUAGAAUAAAAUGGCUCAUUUUUAAUCUUU